UAAGUGGGAAUAAUUAGUUCUAAUUAUGUCAAAUAAUAAACAACUUUUUCUUAAUUUCAAAAAGACAAAUGAAUAUGAGUCUUAGGUGUCUUAAAUACAGGCCAAAAAAACAGGUCUAUGUUAGUGGAAAAUCAUGUAAGAAACACAAAAAUUGUGCUUAGUAUAGUAGUAAUAAUGGAGCAACUGUGUACACACUAAAAGAGAUCUGUACAAUCACAUUUCUCAUUCUAUCCAUCUUCUCUAUAAUCAUUAAUAAGUAUUUGUACAUAUUCUCAAAUUUCAGCUGACUCUUUUCUCUUUCUUCUCCACUGUUAGAAGCAAUUCUUAUUGGGUAGUGUAGAAUUUCUUUGGUUGAUUCAGUUGAAAAAAGGAAGCUUUUUGGUGGGGCAGAAUUGGUUGCUUUGCAGAGGAAGUUUGUGUUUUGAAUUGCUGCUAAAGCCAAAUGCAGAUCUUGAAGCAGCAAAAAGUGUGAUUUGCCGGGGUGUGCUUCAAACUCGAAGCUAAUAUUAGUGUGAUGGGCUGUGAAUGUUCUAAAUUUGCCUCGUGUUGCUGGACAGGACAGAGUGGCCCCAUUCACGAGGCUCAAAAUCCUGAUGAAGAAAAAGAUGAAGUUAGUGAUUCGCCUGCAUUCCGUGAGUUUACGUUUGAGCAACUCAGGAUAGCUACUUCUGCAUUUGCUGUAGAGAAUAUAGUUUCGGAACAUGGUGAAAAAGCUCCAAAUGUUGUAUAUAAAGGAAAGCUGGAGAACCAGAGGCCGGUUGCCGUUAAACGCUUCAACAGAUCUGCGUGGCCUGAUUCCCGGCAGUUUUUAGAAGAAGCAAGGGCCGUCGGUCAACUCCGCAACAAUAGGUUAGCAAAUCUUCUUGGCUGUUGCUGCGAGGGUGAUGAGAGGUUGCUAGUUGCAGACUUCAUUCCCAAUGAGACACUUGCAAAGCAUCUUUUUCAUUGGGAUACACAACCAAUGAAGUGGGCAAUGCGGUUAAGGGUGGCCCUGUAUAUUGCACAGGCUCUUGAAUAUUGUACAGGCAAAGGGCGUGCUCUUUAUCAUGAUCUUAAUGCUUAUAGAAUUUUAUUCGAUGAAGAUGGUGAUCCCCGACUCUCUUGUUUUGGUUUGAUGAAGAACAGCCGAGAUGGAAAAAGUUACAGCACGAACUUGGCAUUUACUCCUCCUGAAUAUCUGAGAACAGGAAGAAUCACCCCGGAGAGUGUGAUAUUUAGCUUCGGGACACUUUUGCUUGACCUUAUCAGUGGAAAACACAUCCCUCCUAGCCAUGCACUGGAUCUCAUAAAAGACCGGAAUCUUGAGAUGCUAACUGAUUCUUGCUUGGAAGGUCAAUUUUCUACAGAUGACGGAACUGAAUUGGUACGGAUUGCUUCAAGAUGUCUACAAUACGAGCCUCGUGAGCGGCCGAAUCUCAAGUCAUUAGUUGCUGCAUUAUAUCUUCUUCAAAAAGAAGCUGAGGUUCCCUCUCAUGUAUUGAUGGGUAUAUCACGUGAUGGUGAAACUAUGUCUCUAUCUCCACUUGGUGAAGCUUGUUUGAAAACCGACUUGACUGCCAUCCAUGAGAUUUUAGACACGCUUGGGUACAAAGAUGAUGAGGGAGCCGCUACUGAGCUUUCAUUUCAGAUGUGGACAGAUCAGAUGCUGGAAACAUUGAACUCAAAGAAAAAGGGUGAUGCUGCUUUCAAGAACAAAGAUUUUAGAGCUGCCAUUGAAUGCUAUACGAAGUUUAUUGAUGUUGGAACCAUGGUCUCACCAACUGUAUACGCUCAUCGAAGUCUGUCUUAUCUCAUGAGUGACAUGCCACAAGAAGCCCUCAACGACGCAGUACAAGCACAGGUAAUAUCUCCUGUUUGGCAUAUCGCAUCGUAUUUGCAAGCUGCUUCUCUUUUCACAUUGGGUAGGGAAAACGAGGCACUAGUCGCACUUAGAGAGGCUGCCAUACUCGAAGAAGAGAAGAACACCGCUUCUUGAAAUUGCAGAAAUCUAGAGACACUGUCGAUCUUUCGCCUACAUGCAUGCAACAACAACCAACAACAACAUACCCAGUAUAUUCCCACAAGUGGGGUCUGGGGAGGGUAGUAUGUACGACCCCCUACAUGCAUGCAAUGGUUAGUAAGUUGUGUCAUAGUUAUAGAGAAUUCUUUUGCAAUAAUUCAAUGCCAUUGGUUCCUAAAGAUACAAGAUCUAUGGAAAAAAGAUGGAGAGAGACUACAGACUAGCAUGUUGUAAUUUAUGUACAGUGAUAUAUGGUUGCUCCACUGAGUUUUUCUUUCUUUUUUCUCUUGUUUUCUUCCCUCUUGGAGGUACAGAUUUUCUACAUGUAAUUUCUGUCUAAUGUUUUUAUUGUGAGGUUAAUUUUGCUGUACUUAUUUUAAGUAUUUGCAACUGAUACAACUUGUAGAAUAUUGUUUUAAUGUUGUAUCCUUUUCUCAA